GGAGUGUGUGUGCGUAUGUGUGUGUGUAUGUGUAGGUGUCCCAUGACGUAGAGACUUCUCCAUAAAUGGGUUUAGUCACGAUUCCUCCUUAACUUCGUUUUCAUGUAGGUCAGGGUCGAGCUUCACACUACUGUGUCGGUGAUACGGUGAUGACAUUGAGCUUUAUCUCCUGAUCGCAUGCGUAUGGGGCGAAGUGCAUGAAGAUACAAAAAGGACGGCGAAUAAUUGAUCGGAGGCGUGCGUGGAGAGGGGAAGGAUGCAGGCCUCGGCCUCAUGGCAAGGAUGCCCGUCAAUUUGAAACGCUCAGAAUCGUUGAAGUCCGAGCGAUCAGACGCCUCUCAGAAGCGAGUGUCAUUCAACAAGAGUGUGCACGUGAAGCACAUACCAAAAGGAGCUGUUGUGGACAGUAGAGGUCGAGUCGUUGCCGUCAUCCCAGAAGGAGUUGAUUCUCAUCAUUAUUUUCGGGUAGCACGUGCAGAGCCAUCGUUAUCUCCGGAAGAGGUAGCAAGGGAAGCAGCCGCAGUCCUUAGACAGGUGGAUCAAAUCUCCUGCUCUGCUUCUCCUUCCCCUUUCCCAACUCACCCUCACACGAUCGAGAGAUCGGAUAGUAGAGCAAAGAAAAGACCCCCGCCGCGAAUCCCAGAUUCUAGCGAGCACAGCACGGGGAGCCGGACUCUACCAACGGUGGCUUUGAGGAACAAGAUUAACCGUGGUUCACACCACCAUAAUCAUCAGCAGCCUCCACAGCAAACCGAUUAUGGGAAUGGCGGGAGUUUGGAGCCGAUUCUAGAAACCUCGCAUCAGGUCAACAGUCCCCCGUCAGCACCCUCCCAGAACCAGAAUUUCUAUCAUCGUCCACGUCGGAAGCAGGCCCCGCCGGAACCGGAGAAGAUGGAGCGAAAUCUUUCCCCUCUCCGUCAAUUUCAUCAACAUCAAACCCUGGCUCAACAGAAUAAUCACGUGAAUGCCCUGGUGCAGAGAUUCAACGAUGAGGCGCGUAAGCGAGACCUGGUUCGACGGGACAUGGAAAGUGCCGGUUUGAACCCUCUAUCGCAGCGUUCCCUGUCCCCGGAGAGGCUGAUUCAAGCUAACGGCCAACACUCCCAUAACAAAAACCGGCCUUUUUCGUACUUGCAGCCGAACUUGGCGUCUUUGUCGCCCGGCGAGGAGACUCCGCCGAGUUCUCCUACUUCAUCGGCGCUUCGUUCUCCUCAUGAGGUCAUUUACGCUCAAGUGACGGUGAACGGACAGAAGAAGUCGACAGUGCAUAAGCGAUUACCGGAUGCGAGCACAGGGACAGAAUCUCAAGAAGAUGACGAGAGGAUCGGUCUCUCCAAGUCGUCAUACAUCAAACAUCAUCCCACGUACUCUGAUAUGAAGAUCCAGGAGAAGCAACGUGGGUCCGAGUACCGGGCUGGUCGAUACAUGAACGGGAAAUACCGGGAUUAUCUGGACAGUUCACCGGAUCGGAGUUCCGAGGGGGAGAAGCCAAGAAUUUCCAGUCGGGGUAGUUCGCCAGACCAGAGAAUCACUUCUCAAAACAUCUAUUCCUCUCGUACCCAAUACAAGAUCCCGCCGGUAGGCAUGAACAGGAGAGAUCGAGACAGUUCUUCGUCUCCAGAGAGACCCAGGGAAAUUCGAGGAGGAUACGGAAAUGCUCCGAAGGUCCCACCGUCGAAAUCGAACAGGCCCCUUUAUAAUGACUAUGCAACACCGGUCAAGAACCCUCAAGAGGAGAGGAGAAAGAACAUCUCUCGGGUCGUUGUGAAUGGGUAUGACGAACCCUCGAACAUCCCAGUUCGACCGCAGAGGAAACGUUCCCCGAAGGGUCCCGAACCGUACUUCUAUGCCAAUGCCAUCAACAAGGAAUCCGCUGAUGUAAACAAUAAACGACUGACUUCCACGUCUGCAUAUUCAGAGGUGAAGAGGAAGAACGAGCUGAACAAAAUCCACGAGAACAAGAAUAGAGCCGGACCGCCUAACCACAUGAUUGGGAAUCGUGCUGUGGAGCGGAAAAGCUCCUUGAAGAAAGAGAAAGGUCAUCACGGUGCCGUCUUCAACACAUUGGAGCGGAUCAAAGGGAAAUUCCGGAAACCCGUGGCUGAAGUCCGUCCAGAGAAGAAGGUCAAUCACGUCGUUUCAUCCUCGGUCUCUCCACAGCAAGCGAAAUUGGCAUCUGCAGAAUUGGUAAAGAAGGCCACAGAGGCAAAGGAAAGGGAGAGACGAGUUGGGAGCCCAAGUGGAAGCAGCAAGAAACACAGCAGAAAAAUCAAAAUUACGUUUGAGCACAACCCCACGCGUUCCGAUUCGGACAUCGAGAAUCUCCGGGGAUUCGUGGAAUACAAGGGGCCUGAGGUAUCCAAUGAAGAGCAUGUGGUGAAGAUAGAGAUCCGCGGAGACGAGCACGAUCAAGGUAACGCUCGUCACGGUCACGUCCCGACGGACCCCAGGAUCUCCCGAUCUCGGGAACAAUUCCUUAAUGCCUUUUUGGGUCCGCCUCCACCCCAAGUUACACGGGAAGACCCGUCUGAGGUAGCCAAGGUCAAGGCUCUUACCCUCACGGCUGCUCAAGCCCAUGACUCUGAUGAUUAUCAGCUCAGUCAAGACUCCCAGGCUCUAUGGUCUUCUCCUGACGAGGAAGAUCUUCCCCAGAGGCAUCGAAGGAGCCAGCAUCCACACCAACAGCCGCAGAAAAUGCCCAGAAGAACGACACCACAUGCCAGGCCGCGAUAUGGGUCACGUGAAGCCGUGGGAUUAGAUUAUCGACGUGAACUUGCCAGUUCCGAUGGAGCAUCAGAUACGAACUGUGGCUCAAGUAAUGGGCUGAAGAAGUCUCGUUCCCGAUCCUUGGGUCGAGAUCUUCAUUAUGCAUCCUCUUCGGCUCCGUUAGGUCACAGGACUCGGUCUGAAGAGCCCGCUCAUUAUGCCAGCGCCACAUUAGAGCAUAAACCGAGGAAGCCCGGCCGAAGUUCGGAAAGUGCAUCCGGGAGAGGGAGGUAUUUGCAAGGAGGAGAGAGCAGCAGCAGCGAGCGAAGUGGUGCUCGUCCUCGACCUGAAAAAGUGAAGCGCAGUCGGAGCAGUGCAGCAAGUCUCCAACAUAGCAAUCCGAAUCUUGUCCGUCCAUCCAGAGGAGGAGGUGUGGCUCAUCGACGACCGGGACCAGGAAAUGUGGGCGAAGGGAGCUCAGAAUCCGAACAAGGAUCCCAGUUGAGUCGACCGAGUGGGUCCCAAUCCAGUCGAUCAGUGUAUUUGCAUGCGGCUGCCGUGGCUGAUAUUCCACCUGGAGGAGCAUUUCGGGGUCGGAAUGGUGGAGACGGCGGCACGAUGUCUCGCAGUCAGGAAGAUCUAUGGGACAGACCAGGAGGAUUGAAGAAGACGAAAGCCGUCACGAGGUCUCUUUCCUUGCUGGCUCCGUGGAAACCUCGUCACUAUCGCGAGACGAAGGAAGUGGAUUAUAGUUCUCCAAGCCCAGGGGAAGGCAGACCCCCUCGACCACCAAGAAAGAAAGAAAAUCAUCCGGUGACCCCGAGGACGGUGAAUGUGAAACGGCAUCAAAGCAUGCCCAAGGAUUCCCGACUAGCUGGCUGGUUCCGGAAACGAGAUCGAGGGGAACCCCAUCCAAAUCUCUAGUCUCCGUUACAUUCUUCCUCCUCUUCUUGAACUCCGUCCCUUCGCAUCCCUUCAACAGAGUUCAACUCCGCCCCGAAUGAGAUAGCCUUGUUCACCUUGAGAAGUCCAAGGGAGGAGGAGAUUAUGCUCGGCAGAUCCGACAUCUAGAGAGAUUCUAGCCCUUGAACGCAACCUCUGCCUAGUCCUAGAUAAGGAUUCCUUCGGCCUCCAUUCGGUUGCAUGUUUCUGUCAUUUACAAGUGUCAUUGGAUGUGUGGCAGGUAUACAUACCCAGGCAGUUUGAAGUUUUCGAGGAGGAGAGAGCAAUGGCCGUGUGCUUCCACCUGCCUGCAUUUUUGUCUCAUCGUCUUCAGCAGUCUGACACGCGAACUUUCAGUACGCUUAUUGUGUGUUACUAGGGCGUAAGAAAGAUCCAACGGAGUGUUUGUGUUGUUAUAGUGCGCAUGCUUUUGUGUGCCCUCUCAGUGUCUGAUGUGAACGAAUGCAAUCUGGAAGGAUGGAUGCCAGUUGUUUUUUUUUUUGCAGUGUACAUACGUUAUUAGAAGAGGAUUUUUUCCCCGCCCUUGGUGCGAUCCCAUCCUCUUCUGAUCCAUAGUACUAAUGUUUCUGUUUAAUGAAUUAAUGAUGCUUAGGACCUCUUAGCUUGGAUUCCAACGACGAUCUGUCCUUAAUUCCGCCUGUCUCUCUCUUUCUCUUUCUCUCUUGCACUCAGAGAGAGAUGUCGUAAUAAUAUGAUGAUAUAUUGAAGCGACUGGUUUGUCUCGCUCUCUCUUUCUCUCCCUUUCUCACUCAUUAUGGUUCUCCUCACACAGCAUUCGAUAUGGAUUAAACUGUGUUGUUCACUGUCAA